GACGACAUAAAGUUAUCAAAAACAUACAUAGUGAAUACUGCCACAUGGACCGAGAGGAUCUCAUACAACAAAGUAAACGUGUAGACAAAUAGCUAUCAAGGGAGAGCUAUAUAACGAUAAAAUAUCAGACGACAAUCAAAUUGAAAGUCAGAAAAGUCGACAGCAAGAACAAAGCUAAAUUCGUAAAGCCAUCCUACAUGUUACUCGCAGAACAGAAAACAUCAGUUUAAGGACGCGUUGGAACUAAAGAAUUUCUGCCAAAUCAACAACAUCUUAAAAAGUUCAAAAAACAGUUAAUCAAUGCUUGUUACAGAACCUCUUGCGUCGAAGGUGAUUCGUUUCACGUUAUACAGUAUCGUGUUUUUACUAACUAUAGUUGGUAACAUUAUGGUUGUCAUGGUAAUUAUGAAAAAUCGUAAACUACGCAGUAUAGAAACAUACUACUAUGGUUACUACUUACUAAACUUAGCAAUUGCUGACUUUGGCGUAGCGCUACAAAUACCAUUUGCAGUAGUUUACAACGAAUCUGGUGAUUGGCCCUUUUCCGAAUUCCUGUGCAAAGUUAUACCAACAUUACUGGUAGCAGGGGUGUGCGCGUCCGUAUUAACACUUUUGGUGCUGACGUAUGAACGUUGUUAUUCAAUAUGUUAUCCGUUAAGACCGAAACUUAUGCGAAACAAAGUGUUCAUAUUGUUGGCUCUGGUAUGGAUCAUAUCUUUUGCGGUUGCAUCGCCCGAGUUGGUCGUGUAUAAACUACGGGAUUUCGUUUCUGGUUCACAAAUACAAAAUAAAUAUCCGUGCGCAGAACACUGGUCAAGUAAACAGCAAAGACAAGCUUAUACGACAUUUCUUUUUACAUUUUCCUACCUUCUUCCGUUAAUUCUCAUCCUUGUGGCGUAUCUCAGUAUCUUAUACGAACUACGAAGGUCAACAACUCGAUGUUUUGGACCUAAGGAAAAACAUCACGUUAAGAAAAUCGUGCGUGUAUUAAUAAUCGUUGUAGCAAGUUUUGCGAUCUGCUAUCUACCCGAAAAAGCGUUAUUUAUCUGGAUUGAUUAUGGUUCCGGUGGUUCACAUCCUUACAUUGAUAUUUUAAUGAAGUAUUCUUAUUUCUUUUCUUGGUUAAACUCGUGCCUCAAUCCUAUCAUCUACGGUGCAGUCGAUAUAAACUUUAGAAAUUUUUAUUCAUCCAUACUACAUCGAUGUUCAGGAGUUAAAGCAUACGGAUCAAGCAUCAAAAGAAAAAUGAGCAUUUCCAAAUCAUCAAGACAAAACAAUACGGCUGCAACAACAGAUUCUUCUUCAAAUGAAGCAAUGGAAAGUUUAGCAAGAAUUGAAAAUACAAGUGAAGUAUAAUAUGUAGAAUUCUAGCAUGGUACCAAAAGCUGUUUUAUAUACAUGUUUUAAAACAGAUGAAUGCCAAUCAUCAUCUACCAAACUCAAGUCCAAUGUUGUUGAAAAGAUGUAGAAAUUUUCAAUUUAAUUUACUGUCAGUACGAUUUAUAAAUAUUUAUCAAGAAUGUUCGCCAAAGAAUGCUUUUUUCUCAACUAAUUGAUGUAAAUAUAACAACAAAUUUAUGAUAAAUCAAGAUGAUAAAUAAUAAGAUUUCAAUUUCUCUUUCUGAACAAGCAAAAAUCAAAU